GGGGCAGAGAGAGAAAGAAAGAGAGGGGAAGGGAGGAGGCAGACACUCAGCGGCAGGAGGUUUGUGAGAGCAGCAGCCGGAGGAAGAGGAAGAAGGAAGGAGGAAGGAGGAAGGAGGAAUCAGAGCGAGAGAAACAGUGUGGCUGCAGUCAGGAAGGAUACACACACAGAGAGAGAGAGAGAGAGGGAGAGGAGGAGAUACAGAGAGAGAAGAGAAGGUUUCCCCCCCUCACCUCACUGACCCAUGAAAGAAGCCAUGCCGGUGCUAACAGCAGGAGCAGGGCUUCACGAAACGCUGGCCCUGCUGACCUCUCAGCUGCGGCCCGAUGCCAACCACAAGGAGGACAUGGUGUUCCUCAAAGACGUGUUCAGUGAGAGAAGCCUGGGAUACCUCAUGAAGAUCCAUGAGAAGCUGAGACAGUAUGAGAGACAGAGUCCGACACCUGUUCUCCACAGUGUUGCUUCUCUGGCAGAGGAUGUGGCGGAGGAUCUGCAGGGUGGACCAAUGAGCAAUGAGGAGAAGGAGCUGCUGCACCUGUUGACGUCACCACAUCUGAAGGCUGUUCUCUCAGUGCACGACACUGUGGCUCAGAAGAACUUUGACCCCGUGCUGCCGCCGCUGCCCGAUGACUUCGAGGAUGAGCUGGAGGAGGAGUCAGUGAAGAUUGUCAGACUGGUGAAGAACAAGGAGCCUCUGGGAGCCACCAUCAGGCGGGAUGAAGCCACUGGGGUGGUGAUGGUCGCUCGGAUCAUGAGAGGAGGUGCAGCUGAUCGAAGUGGUUUGGUCCAUGUCGGAGAUGAACUCAGGGAGGUCAACGGAGUCUCUGUGAUCCACAAGAGACCUGACGAGAUCAGUCAGCUGCUGUCCCAGUCCCAGGGCUCCAUCACUCUCAAGAUAAUCCCUGCCAUUAAGGAAGAGGAUAGACUGAAGGAGAGCAAGGUGUAUAUGAGAGCCUUGUUUGACUACAUCCCGCUGGAGGACAAGGCCACGCCCUGCCAAGAGGCGGGACUUCCCUUCAAACGAGGAGACAUCCUGCAGGUCGUGACGCAGGACGACCCCACGUGGUGGCAGGCCAAACGUGUGGGAGACAGCAACCUGCGGGCCGGACUCGUCCCCUCCAAACAGUUCCAGGAGAGGCGGCUGGCCUACAGGAUGAAAAUGGGCACACUCCCGAAUCCAAAAUCCCCUAAAAAGCCCGUCUACGACCAAGGAUGUGAUAAAGAGGACUGUGACUGUGAGGGCUAUUUCAAUGGACAGUACAUAGUCUCUCCUAAGUGUAAAGCAGUGGCGCCCUCCUGUGGCCAGGUGUUUUCCUGGGAAUUUUAUUCAGCUGGUUUACGGAGGAGUUUCAGGCUGAGUCGUAAAGACCGACAAGGAUCCUCAGGAGAGGGCUCUGAUCCCGGAGACUCUGACUACCUGACCUAUGAGGAGGUCACCCGCUACCUGCAGAGGCCCAAUGAGAGGCCUCGUCUGGUGGUUCUGAUCGGUUCUCUUGGAGCACGAAUCAAUGAGCUCAAACAGCGAGUGAUUGCUGAAAACCCACAUCGUUAUGCUGUGGCCGUACCGCAUACCACAAGGCCCAAGAAACCUCACGAGAAGGAGGGGGUGGAGUACCACUUUGUCACAAAGCAGCAAUUUGAUGCAGAUGCUUUGAACAACAAGUUCAUAGAGCACGGUGAAUACAAGGAGAACCAGUAUGGCACCAGUAUAGAGGCGAUCCGCUCUGUACAGGCCAAGAAUAAGAUGUGCGUAGUGGACGUGCAGCCUGAGGCGCUGAGGAGGCUGCGGACAGCGGAGUUCAAGCCUUAUGUCAUAUUCGUCAAACCUCGUGUUCCAGAGAGCAGGCGACGCCGCAGUGCUACCACCUCGCCAGGAGGGGGAGACCAUGGUCGCGUUACAGAUGAAGACCUGCAGGAGAUGCGUCAGUCUGCCAUUCAGAUCGAUCAGCAGUAUGGACACCUGGUGGACCGGGUCCUCAUCAAGGAGGACUCAGCCAGUGCCUGUGCAGAACUCCGAGGUAUUUUGGAGAGGCUGGAGCGAGAAUCCUUCUGGGUGCCUCUCAACUGGGUGCGGACCUAAACCUCACUCUUCCCCCUGAAUCUUCUAGAGGAACUUCACAGCCCGCCCACCCAAAUCCUCUUCUCCUAAUGACCUAAUUCCCCUCAAAGGCCCUGUGGCCAGUCUGGUAGUCUGCUGGACUCCCUCAGCACUGGUCAAACAGCCACUACUGAGGCUCCAAAUGAUAUUAGAGGAAGACCUCGUCAGGGGUUUCGCAGCAGAUGGACAACUCCUCUUGGUCAAAGGCCAGUUUAUCGUCUGAAAAUCUGUCUUUUCCAUCACAAUCGCCCCUUUCCCAUGUCAUUUAUUCAAGUUUGCUUUGAAUUUAUUUGACGACAGGGAACAGAAGCAGAAGUGUUUUAUUCCUCCCACUGUCACUUACUCGAGCUGCAUUGUUUACUGGAGCGUGUCAGGUUUGGGAUCCCACUCACAGGAUUGCUCAGUCAGUCAGCUUUAUCAUGACUCCUGUUGGAGUACAUUUAGUAGCAUGUUUUUUAUUCAGCUCAAUGCCACAUACAGAAUGAUUUCUUGUUAAUUCUAACUGCUCAUGCAUCUUGUACAGUAUAAGAGCCAAUCACUUUCAACACGGAAUAUUUAAGGAAAUUCAAAACCAUUCAUUUCAACAGACUGACAGAAAAUAUAACUAAGAUCCAAACAGUAUGUGAGAAUUUAAUUUUCUACAAAACUGUUUUUAAGAAACGCAUGACAGCUGGUUAUUUAAUCUCCGAUGUAAAUAUUGUAAAUGUUCUUCCUCGUGUGCCAACGAAAGAUCUCGUAGCACUUCAAUGCAACCUGUUUACCUUCAGUCCUGUGUGUAAUAAUGCUGUGCACAAAGUCUGUGUGGAUUGACGUCACAGUGUGUGUACACAAACACCAACACAUGAUGCUACUUUUUCGAUCAUGAAUGGGUUUUGUAAAGUUCCCUUGCACAUUUUUUAGACAGCAGAAGCAAAGGUGGCAACUCGAUGUAUUUUAUUUGAGAAUCAAGAGUUUUGUUGAACUUGAGAUGUAAUAUCCACAGAUUUUGAAUAAAAAUAAGGUUAUGAAUCUGCGUCUAUUGAUAAUUAACUAAUUGUUAAAUUUACCAACAUGUUUACAUGUUUAUACUCGUAAGAUAUAAACAAUCUAAAGACAACUUGCCAUUUUCUGACAUUUUCUGAUGUAAAAAUGUAUCAGGAAUAAGGGGCCAGAUAUCAAACAAAGACUAUACUUGUAAAUUGCAGCCUUAUUUCAUAUACAAGGCCCAACACAGAAAAUGCAGAGUAAAAUGUGAUGUUACAGGAUACAUUUGAACCCUCAUGAGAGACGUCUCAUAUGCACAAUGAAAGAUUUCAUGGUUGUAAUUGUACUUUUUCUCUGAACUGACAUGAAUCUCUGCCGAACAUGACUUCAAAGACAGUAUUGGUGGCGAUGAUUGAACACAAUCCACCUCCGGAGUUUAGUCAAAUCAAGAGUUUCUCUCUUUCUGGUUCAAAGCUGCCACAGCCCAGCACUGUAAACUGUGUGGACAGAGAUUUACAUUAAAAAGACAGAUUCUUUGGGCGAAGAAUUGUUUAUUUACUCUAACUUCUGCUUAAAUUAAAUAAGUUUUACACAGACUGGAGAUUUUAGUCUCCCAUCACGUACAUCAAAUCCCUCAAGGAUGGGAUCUUUUACAACCAGUGCAAAGAGGAGGAAUCAAUGCAGGUUCGCAACCUUGCGCUCUUUCUUUGACCUGAUAAACUUAAAAUGUGAACCUAUUCUGAAAUGACACAAAUCAGAUUAGAGGAAACUGAUAGGCUCAUGUCACAGGUGAUCACAACGUUAGUGAUCUGUACAGGUUUACAACAUUUUGGAUAAACUAUAACUCACUUUGAAUGUUUCAGAUCCCUUCUGCUGUGUGUUAAAAACGUGCUCUGUGUUUUUGAUCUUUUCAUGUUCUGUACGAACUAAAGAAACCCAGAAUGUUGAGUUUGUAACGUGACAUGUACAAAGUGCCAUAAUAAAGCUAGCUUAAUCAAA